AUGUGUGAAGAAGUUGAAAGAGAGCUUAAUGAAGCAGCUUCUCGAUUCACACUUGCCUCUCCACUGGGCUCUCCAAGGGGGUCACCAAAACCUUGGGGUGGUCACAAUGAUGAAUUUUGGCCAGCUGGUCCCAUUUCAGGUGCUCCUCUUUCAUCCCGUGAAGAGUUACUAUCACCCUACCAUUCUGGCCAGGUUUCAAGACCUACAUCUCCCUGUGGUAAAAGAAGGUAUUCAAAUUCAAAUGAUGAAGGUGUUCGCCAAACCAGCUCCCCUUCCCCAUCCCAUUCUCGCCGAGGAAGCUUAGGGGAUGAGAACCUCUCAUCAGAAACAGAAGCUUCCCCCAAACCCACUGAACAUAACCAACAAACAACAUCAACUUCUCUGGAGAGAGGCGAUAACAUUCCGCAAAAGGCCAGAAGAACCUCAGCAGAGCAGACAGUGGCACCUGUUAGGCCUGAGGAGUCCACAAGCCCUGGUAAAGCCUUUUCUUCAGGCUCAUCAGUAUGUGCAAAUGAUGAGAGUACUGCAAUGUUCACGCAAAACAGAAAAGAUAAUGUGGGGAUGGAUUAUCUAGCUGUGCCUUCAGCCUUGGCCUGGUCCAAAGCAAGAGUUGGAGGACAAAGUCCAAUAUUCAGGUCAUCCUCUCUUCCACCUCUGGACUGGCCACUGCCCAGCCAAUUUGAAGGUUUGGAAUUGAGAAUAGAAGUACAACCAAGAACCCAUCACCGAGCCCAUUAUGAAACAGAAGGGAGCAGAGGGGCAGUGAAAGCUUCACCAGGGGGGCAUCCGGUUGUCAAGCUGGUAGGAUACAAUGAGAAGCCACUGACCCUCCAGAUGUUUAUCGGAACAGCAGAUGAGCGUAACCUGAGACCUCACGCCUUUUACCAAGUUCAUCGCAUAACAGGAAAAAUGGUGGCUACACCCAGCUAUGAAGCUCUUGUAGCAAGCACCAAAGUUCUGGAGAUGUCUCUUCUGCCUGAAAACAACAUGUGUGCCAAUAUAGACUGCGCUGGAAUUUUAAAGCUUCGAAAUUCAGACAUUGAGCUCCGGAAGGGCGAGACAGACAUUGGCCGAAAGAACACACGUGUUCGACUUGUGUUUCGUGUGCACAUUCCACAGGGCGGUGGGAAAGGUGUCUCUCUACAAGCGGCUUCUAUACCUAUAGAGUGCUCUCAACGUUCAGCUCAAGAGCUCCCUCAAGUGGAAAACUACAGUCUCAGCGCAUGUUCAGUGAAUGGACGGAGGAGUUGCUCCUGUGUGGUUCCAACUUCCUUUCAGAUUCAAAAGUGA